AUUUGGCAUAUGGUUUUUCAUAUCACAUCGCCCCAUACACGUUCUCCUUUAAUUUCUAGCUACUCUAUUUAUUUGAAGCCUAUAUAUAUAUAUAUAUAUUUAUUUAUUUUUCCUACAUGAAUCAUCUGCAAGAAAUAAAAUUAUGGCUAGUGAUAUGCAAAAAUCAAUUGAAGAAGAACGUGAAGGAGCAGAAAUUGCGUAUGGAGCUGAAGAAUGCUACCGCCGUAUUGUAAAGCUAUUGCAAGACUUGGGAUUUCCCAAAGGGGUGCUUCCACUUAAAGACCUUGAAGAAUUUGGCUAUGUUUGCAAAACUGGAUUCGCAUGGAUGAAACAAAAGGCGCCCUACGAGCAUUAUUUUACUACGACGAAAAUGCUUGUGAGCUAUGGAACUGAGGUCACUGCGUACGUGGAGAAAGGUAGGAUGAAAAAAAUAACCGGUGUUAAGGGUAAAGAACUGAUAUUUUGGGUGCCAGCUGUUGAGAUGAGCAUUCAAGAUCCUGAUAGAAAGAAGAUUUAUUUCAAGGCUCCUGUGGGAAUUGGGAAGUCUUAUCCCGUUACUGCUUUUAUGACUGAUGAGGAAAAGGAGAAAGCCAAUGAGUAGCAUACCAUCCACCUCCUUAUUGAAGGAUUACUUUAAUAUUCGUCUAUUCAACUGCUUAAAUUAAAAAGUGUAGAUGGAUCUAUAAUAUAUGUAUUUCUUCCGUUCAUUUUUACUUGUUCAAUAAAUUAAAAAUAAAUUUUAGCAUAUCAAGUGGAAAAAAAAAUUAUCUUUAAUAUUAAUUGCUCAUUCCCUAAUCAUUUCUAUGUAUGAUAUGUGUA